AUGAGCCGCUUGAAGGUUGGCGAUGCUUCCGGCGAUAAUUGCAUUUCAUGCGGCUCUUCCAUCUCAGCAGACAACAAAUCUCCAGUUCCUCUUUGCUGCUUUCCCUGCUAUGAGGACCAGUCUCGAAUCGAGGAAGCUCUGGAAGAAUCAGAGCCUCAGGUGCUAGAUUCAGAGGUGGCCGAGGAGUUUUGUCCCGAGACACCAAGCAAGACAUCAUCUCAUGGCGAGGUGCCGUCGGAGAAGGUAGUCGAAGCUGCGCCCGAGUCUGGGUGGAUGCGAAAGAAGCGUGAAGGUUACGGGCAAUGGUUUGCGCGUAUUCGAGCAUUCCAGGAGGGACCUGAAGCCUGCCAAUCUCAAGCACACUACUUGCACCGCUGGAAAAGCAUGAGCAUGGAAGAACAGCAAGGAUUUCAAGCAGAAAUGGCUGCAAAGGAUUCGGACCAUGUAGGCGCUGCAGUUGUCAAGACUGAGCCUCGCACUGCGUUUGACGAGGUUCCCUGGCUACGGGAUGAUGAUGGCUUCCGGCGCUUAGUGCUGCCCCCAGGCUAUACAGUGUCCCAGCUCGAAAAGGACUUUGCUGAGUACCAGCCUUGGAAGCAUUCUCAGAAGAGGUGGGAGAUGUAUGGGCUUCUUCUAUUCUUGAUGGAAAUGCCGUCUUGCCCUAUCCGGAACCCUGCGCAAGCUUGUGAGCAGUUGAAGAUCUUGAAGGUCAAUAAGCACAUCCUGUACCGCAUCCGCAAAGAUUUUGGCAACAGUCUUCCUUUCGACUGUCCUCCUGUAUUCCAAGCUGGUCGCACCCCACAGAGUUCUUUGAAUGAACGUGAAAAAGAAGAUGUGUUUCUCUUCUUGAAGUUUCACGAAAGAACUGGAACGGCGCUGACGAUCCAACAGUGCGAAGACGCAAUCAUCAUCAUGAAACUCGCCAAGGAGGGGCGCUUGGAUGACAAGCCCACGCAGUCUCAACUGCAGGAACGGCUUGAGAGUGAACGUCCCAAGCGCCACCAUUUGUGGCGUGACUUCAAGACUUGGGUGGAGGAGAAUAAGUCACCUGAAGAGCAUCUGUGCUUGUCGAGACUCAAGGUCAAAAGCGUGCAUGAGCUCACAUCUUGCACACCCAAGGUGGUUGGUGCUGCCUAUGAUGCUUUGCAGGCUCUGCUGACAGAGCACGGAUUCUUGGAGGAUGGCAUCUUGAAAGCUGAGUCUGCAGGGUCUGACACGCUGGUGAAGGGCAUCACGACAAAAUUGGGUCGCAACACAGCUGCCACUCACACCCCAUCCGUGGCCUUUGAGCACGUCAGCGUGUGUUCCUUCAUGCCGUUGUGUGGAAAGAGUUUGCCGCCAGGCUUCAGCUCCAUGCUGGAAAAAUGCUGUCUCGCUCCCAUGCGGGCCCUUGCUGCGCUCCGGAGAAUUGUUGGCGAGGGCCUCUCUGAAGCAAACCAAAGGGCCGCCUGGAGCCACAUUGGCUUCGAGACAGGAUCCCGCAUUUUGCGGGAAAAGAUACUUGUGGACAGACAUGCGGAACUCUUUGCUUCCAAGCUUGCUGGACCAGGUGAUUUGCCUGAACCGAAAUCCAAGUCCUCUGCAGCGUUGGACUUGCUGAAAAUUGUUUCUCCAGCGAAGAAAGCGUGCCAAGCGGACUCCUGCAAUGCCCAAAUCCCUGUGACUUCCAAGUUUUGUGGCGACUGCGGUGCUGCCAACCCCCAUUUUGAUGCCACCACUGCCGAUCUGUACCGGCCUGGGCGAAAGGCUGGGUGGAGAAAGGUUCCUGAAGGUGAGGCCAUUGCCCCACAGACAGUGGAGGAGGACCGCUUGGCCGCCGGGGUGGGCGAUCUCUUAGCAGUGCUUCGGAAAAAAAAGGAAUCGCAAGCUACAACAAAGCUUGUCGGAGAAGAGGAACCAGCAGCAAAAAAGGCAAAGAUCAGUGAAAAAGCGCCAGACGAUUUGGAAAUCCCAGCUGGCUCAAAGCCGGUGGACUCGUUGAGCGACGAGGAGCACGACUUAGAUACAACUUCAGGGUGCGUUGCGUACAUUUGCGCAAAUUUUGGGAAGUCCCGAAGGGAUGACAUCAAACCAAUUGCUGAAUUUUUUGUUUCCUCGCACCUCAAACCUAUGUGCCGAAAAGAGGCCCUGUGGUCUGUGUUUCAAAAGGAAGUGGUGAACAAAGGAACUUUGAGAUCCACUGCUGGCCGCAGCGCUUGGCUGGCGGCAUGGCGCGCAAAUCGCGCCAAACGUUUUGCAAAGGUGAAGAAAUGA